GCGUGGGUGUCGCUGGCAUGUCGACAGGCAGCCUCCUGCUGUUGCGCUGCCCACCUGGAGCUGUGACUCCAACUUCCCGAGGCCUGCUGAGGUGGGUGGAAGUGGGUGCUGCUUCGUGGCCUGCAACCCUGGGGCAGGGGACCGAGGUCAGGAGACCCAGCAGCUUCAGCUUUUUACCCUGAGGUGACAAUGCGUAGAAGCAGCAGGAGACACGGGGCCAGGAAUGGGGCUGGUCUUUCCUGAUUGCGCUGCCUUAGUUUCCCCGAGGGGAUGCAGCUCAAGGAGGGAGAUUCUGGGUGACCUAGUUUCUGGGGGGUGGGGACAAGAACAAGGGCUGGAUAAUGGGCAUGGUUGACCCUCUCCCUUAGUCCUGAUGCAGGUCUUGGGAUGCUGCCAGGGGCUUCCAAGUCCCAAUUCUGACAGGCUUGGGGGCGCCAGAGCAGGCUCAGGGCGGAUCCCCUGCUACUUUGCCCUCUGGGGUCUACGUGGGAAUGGGAGCAGGAAUUCCAGCUUCCAACUUCAAUGAGGGGGCGGGACCCAGCGCAGUCCGGCCCCUCCCUGGACCAGGGCCUCAAAUACCCGCCCUGCCUGGGCGCCAGAGCUGCUGCCGGACCAACCGGGCACCAUCUGUCUGGUGCCACAGACACGCUCCCAGCCUGGACCUCAGACCUCUACUCCGGCCCAGAUGUUGAGCCUCUGACUCGGACCCCUUCACGUCCCAGAAAGCCCGCUCCGCGGCAUGGACGGGCCCCGGGCCUUACUGGCUGCGCUCUGGGCGCUGGGGGCCAUCCGGGCCGGGGCGCUGCGCAUCGGAGCCUUUAACAUUCAGAGCUUCGGCGACAGCAAAGUGUCGGACGCGGCAUGCGGCGGCGUCAUCGCGCAAAUCCUGGCCCGCUAUGACAUCGCGCUGGUGCAGGAGGUGCGAGACCCGGACCUGAGCGCCGUGUCCGCGCUCAUGGAGCAGAUCAACAGCGUGUCCAGGCACGAGUACAGCUUCGUGAGCAGCGAGCCCCUGGGUCGGGACCAGUACAAGGAAAUGUACCUGUUCGUCUACAGGAAGGACGCGGUGUCGGUCGAGGACAUGUACCAGUACCCGGACCCGGAGGACACCUUCAGCCGUGAACCUUUCGUGGUCAAGUUCUCGGCCCCCUACUCCGCUGCAGAGGAGCUGGUGCUGAUCCCGCUGCACGCGGCGCCGCACCACGCCGUGGCGGAGAUCGACGCUCUCUACGACGUGUACCUGGACGUGAUCGACAAGUGGGGCACCGACGUAAGCCCCCGCGUCCGCACGGCCCCGGGUUCCCGAAGGCGCGCCCUGGGAGUGGGUCGGCGCGGCCUCUCGGCGGCCUCAGACCAGGCUACGCGGCCCCCGCAGGACAUCCUCUUCUUGGGCGACUUCAACGCCGACUGCACCUACGUCCGGGAGGAGGACUGGGCGGCCAUCCGCCUGCGCAGCAGCGAGGUCUUUAAGUGGCUCAUCCCGGAUAGCGCCGACACCACGGUGGGCAACUCGGACUGCGCCUACGACCGGAUCGUGGUCUGCGGUGCCCGCCUGCGCAGGAGCCUGAAGCCCCAGUCGGCCGCCGUGCACGACUUCCAGGAGGAAUUGGGACUGGACCAGGCUCAGGCGAGUGCUGGGCCCGGCGGGGAGGGGGACAAGGGCAGCGUCCGGUCCUGGGGUCCCCAGGCCACCCGGCACAGGCAGCACAGGCAGGUGGGAGGUGCCAGCUCCCUGCAGCCCAAGGCCGGCCCAACCUCAGUGCACCUGGCGCUCCCCUCCCUGCGCUAGCGUUUCUAGAAAGGGCCCUUAGAGGUUCGGUUCUGGCUGUGUGGCACAAGUCUGGGAUGGCGGACAGGAUACCCCUUGCUUCUCCCGAAGUGGGGUCCCGAGUCGGUGCCCCCCACCCCACCUGCAGGUAGCAGCAGAGGCGGACAGCCCAGGCCUCUCGGAGGCUCCCCGCAGAUGCAGUGGUUUGGAGACACCCAGUUGGCUCCAUCGUGGGUGGGCGCAGUUUCCUGAGGUGGAGCCUGAGGGGGUACAGGUUGCCCAACAGGGCCUCUGAGGCUCGGCCCCCUCUCCCUCCAGGCCCUUGCCAUCAGUGACCAUUUUCCUGUGGAGGUGACCCUCAAGUCCCACUGACAGUCCCAAGGCCUGGCCAGGGCAUGCUGCCUGCAGACUCCGGCCACGAGGAACAGCCCCAUCAGGGCUCCUUCAGGGUGGAUAGCCAGUCUCUGCAAGGCUGCAGGGCAGGGUCACUUGGGCCUGGACAAGUGGCCAUGGACACAUUACGGGACCAUGUGGAGCCUGCUUCACCAUCUGUAAAAUGGGCUACCACCACCUACCUCAUAAGGUUGUGAGGGGCACCCGUAGAGCACUGGGCACGUGGCUGUGCUCAAUAAACACGAGCGGGUGCUCAGCCAGGGCCACACACAAAGGUUGGCUCCAAGGCCUCUGUGUCCUUUCUUAGGAAUCAGCCCUCUGGGGCACAAACCUCAGGCCUGCAGCCCAGUGGGUCCCUGAUCCCAGCCCCGGUAAGGGACAGAGAUGGCCUGGCCUGCCCAUUUCACAUCUUGCUUGGAACUGACCACCUCCGGACCAGGCUGGUUCCAGAAGGCAGCUCCUGUGCUCACUAGCAGAAGCUCUUUGCUCUUUCUUUGUGCAAACUGUAAAUGCUUCCAAGAACUUGUAUUGAGUGCAGCUGGGGACACUCACUCACAUAAAGGUACACAGCCAAUGGGCAAGGCCAGAUGUCCCUCCUGCAGCCCAAUUCCUGGGGCCUGUAUCACCCAGCCGUGUGUGUGUGUGUGUGGGGGGGGGUGGUCGGGAAGGCUGGCCCCUGGCCUUCUGCCCGCCGGCAGCCCUCAGACAUUUGGGGAGCCCCUCAGUGGCGAGCAGGCUGCACCUCUCACCCAGCCCAGGCAGGUGGGUUGGGCUUAGGUCGUGCCCACAGAAGCCACACACUUCACGGGGGUACAGCCCCUUCGAUGGUCCCUUCCUGGGUAGGCUCCUCCUCAGGAGCCCUGGGCUGGGCGAGGACUGUCAGGAGGACAGUGGCCUGUGUCCUAGGUAAGCCCGUCACCUGAGGAUCGGGAACAAGCAGAACUGGGGUACGUGGUGUAACUGACAGGGGCC